AUCAGUGGCGUGAACAUAGGCAAAGUAGGAUGACGUGAGGGUGUAGUCCGGUUGUAAAACAAGUGAAUUUCGAAGGAAACUACGUGAAAAUAUUAUGUUUUAAGGGUGCCGCGCGAUAAAUUCAGUUUUGUAUCGCGUACGUUUCGAAAAAAAUGGCCCACUAUUAUCGUUUGUUUGUGAGCAAUUUUUGGAGCGAGAAUGUUUGGUUACCGCCUAAUACAACAUGGGCAGACGUCGCCCCUGAAAGCAGCAAAAUUAUACAACACACCGAUCACAGACAUUUAUUUUAUCCGUUGCCCAUGGCCCUGGUCAUGUUGGCGUUAAGAUAUUUAUUCGAAAAGUACUGGUUCACGCCAAUAGGAUUAUCAUUAGGUAUUAAAAACUCGAAACCAAAGAAAGCUCCGGCCAAUGUAGUUUUAGAAAAGGCCUAUGCCACAGCGAAAAGAUGGAAACAUAAACAGGUCCAAGGUCUGGCCAAGCAGCUGGACAUGACGGAACGACAAGUAGAAAGAUGGUUAAGACUGAGAAAGGGCCAGAACAAGCCGUCGACUCUGACGAAAUUUUGCGAGAACGCAUGGAGGUGCCUGUAUUACUUUUGCAGCUUCAUUUACGGAGUAGUCAUAUUGUGGAACAAACCGUGGCUGUGGGACAUUAACGAAUGCUGGAACGGUUUCCCGCACCAGUCGGUCACCAGCGACAUCUGGUGGUACUACAUGAUCUCGAUGUCGUUUUACUGGUCGCUAUGCGUCUCCCAGUUCUUCGACGUGAAACGCAAAGACUUCUGGCAGAUGUUCAUUCACCACAUCGCCACCAUCGUGCUGAUGUGUCUCAGCUGGGUGGUGAACGUGUGGCGAGUGGGCAGUCUGGUGCUCGUCGUGCACGACAGUGCUGACAUCUUCUUAGAGGCUGCCAAAAUGGCAAAAUAUUCCGGAUAUCAGAAAAUAUGUGAUACGAUCUUCGCCAUAUUCACAGUGCUAUGGAUAGUCACCAGAAUAGGAAUAUUCCCCUUCUGGAUCAUAAGAAACACGUCGAUAGAAGCCCCCAAAAUGGUCCCCAUGUUCCCUGCCUACUACAUCUUCAACAGCCUGCUUUGUUUACUUUUAGUGUUGCACAUAUUCUGGACUUAUCUCAUUUUGAAAAUCGCCUACAAUUCCCUCAAUGCCGGUCAAAUGGAAGGUGACAUUAGAUCAUCAAGCGACGACUAUUCAGAAGACUCCAAAUCACAAGAAAAACCGGAAAGUUAGGCAAAAUUUAUCGCUUGGACCUUUGGGCAAUUUUCAACACCGCCGAAGGGAAUUUAAUUAGGCUUGGCAACACUGCAUACUUUUUAAGGGCACGUAAUGAUUUUUUUAGGCCUAAGAAUAACGAUUUCGAGAAUUUUCUUGAAACGCCCAGUGUAUUAUUAUUAAAUAUGAAUGGUGCCAAAGAUUUAUUUUACAUUUUUUGUUGAUUCAACAUCAAUCGUCUUUUACUUAAGUAAUUGUGGAUGUUGCCAACUGCAAAACAAAAUAAAACAAAACAUUUCUAGUUCAUUAUAUUUUAGCGAGCAAUUUGGGAAGUAAAUCAAUUCCGCCCAUUUUAGCUCAAUUUUACGCCGGUUCACAAAAAUCUUAAAUAAUUUCAAUUGUGUGAACCAGUGUAUUUUAUUUAUUGUUUUUUGUUUUUCUUCUAUUAGUCCAGGAAACAAAGAUUGUGGAAGGAAAACUCGAUAGUAGUCGGGUUUUAUUUUUUUUUGUAGAGUCAGGGGUGCUGGUAAUGAAUCAAGAAUAUUCCCCAAAAAUUUCUUUCCGCGUCCCCUAAUUUCUUCCCCCGAAAGGGGAGUUUUUUUUGCUUUACAAAAAAGUUUAUAUACAAAAGUGCUCUUUUGGUUUUUUUUUAUUAAAGCCCAAUUUUAAAAGUAAUCGAAAAUUUGGCAUUUAAGUUAUUUAUCUGUCAAAGUAUAGUCAACAAAAGAAAUAAUAUUAUGUUUAGGCGUUAAAAAUGUAUAAAUCUUUAUAACAUUACAAUAACAAUGGAUGGUUUAAGAAUUUA